UUCAGAACAACUCUUUCCACCUCCAAGAAUCAAAAUGGGCUACACUCUCGGUGUUCUCGGUUGCGGCACGAUGGGCAUCGCCAUCCUGUCCGGCGUUCUGUCUUCGCUCGAGUCGCGCCUCGCCGCCUUCCCCGAUGGCCGGAGCACGCCCCGCGAGCCCGCCUCAGGCAUUUCAACGCCUACGGCGAGCAUGUUCCUCGAGGCGCCCGAGGAGACGCUUCCCAUGAAGUUUGUCGCGACGGUCGGGCGCGAGGAGACUGCGCGCAAGCUGCGCAAGACGUUUGAGAACCACAACUCGCUCGGCGCCGGCGUCGACGUCCGUGCCGGCAAGGGCGCCAACGUCUCGGCCGCCAAGGACGCGGAUGUGAUCCUCAUCUGCUCCAAGCCCCAGGUCGCCAAAUCGAUUCUGGCGGAGGAGGGCAUGAGCGCCGCCGUCGAAGGAAAGGUGGUCGUGUCGAUCUGCGCUGGUGUGACGAUCAGUCAGCUGAAGGGAUGGGUGCCCGAGAGCACUUUGGUCGCACGUGCCAUGCCCAACACUCCGUGUAAGAUACGUGAGGGCAUGACAAUUGUCACUCCUCUGCCCGACGCCAAGUCGCGGUCAUUGAUUUUGGCAAUCUUUACCUCAUGCGGUCGUUGUCGAUUCCUGGAUGAGAAGCACUUUGACUCCUGUACGGCGCUUGCGGGCUCGGGUCCAGCAUUCGUCUCGCUUGUGCUCGAGGCUAUGGCCGACGGGGCUGUCAUGAUGGGUCUCCCCCGCGCUGAGGCAUUGGAGAUUGCCGCACAGACGAUCCAAGGCACAGGCCGGAUGGCGUUGUACGCUGGCCUGCACCCCGCGCAGCUCAAGGACAGUGUCACCACUCCGGGAGGGUGCACUAUUGCGGGAUUGUUGACGAUGGAGGAUGGGCGCGUCCGUUCGACAAUGGCGCGCGCGAUCCAGGUGGCGACUAACCACGCCGCUGGUCUGGGCCAAGACAAGAAGUAAUAGACACGCAUGCCGUGUCGAGCGCGUCAGGAGAUCGGAAGCAGAGUGGGGAUUUUUUCACCGUCUCCAUGUGCAAUGUGACAGGAACUGGACGUGUUGAGGGUCUGGAGCUUGCUUUGAGGUGGGCAGCGCUGGGCGAGGGCCAAAGAGCGGCGGAUGGAGCGGAAGGGUGGGCAUGAGCUGGGACAGAAGCGGAUCUUGGCUUGCAGUGCAUAGCAUCUUGGGGCGUGACGUGAGCAGUUGGAGCUGCAGCGUAUGAUGAAGAGCCUGGGUGGAGAGGGGGAUCUGGG